GGCACAGGCUAUCAGACCUUAAUAUUGGGUGUUUUUCUUAAACCCAAGACACCAUCCGCCCGACCAAACCUCAUCUGGCACCCUCCACACCAUGCCAUCCAUCACCACAGUCCACGAGUCGCUCCCAUACAUCGACGCCGACCCCACGCCCGCCGAGCGCGCCGCCGCCGAGGCCCUCAUCGCCGAGGAGCGCGCCCUCGUGCCCGACGACCCACACCACGCACUGCUCCCCCCGCCCCCAACAACCACCCGCUUCCUGACACCUCUCCUGGCCGCUGAACUCUCCCGCCUCUCCACCGCCGCCGCCGAACAAGCAACCACCGACACCGAUACCACCACCCCCCGCAAGCCCCUCCCCAAACUCUCCGCAUUAGACCUGACCCGCUACGAAGCGCCAACCCCGCCGUCACCCACCGCCCUGGCCGCCCUCCCGCGAAGCGAAGCCGCGCAGCAGCUCCAAGCGGCCCUCGCGCGCGCGUACACGUCGCACAGCUACGUCGCGUCGCGGCGGGCGCACCUGGCGCUGCUGGACAGCUACGGCAAGAACGCGUGGCUGGUGGGCAACGAGGCGCUGGAGGGGGAGGUGCGGGCGGUGGAGCGGGAGCUGGCGGAGACGCGGCGGGCGAUCGACGAGGUGACGGCGCAGCGGCGGGAGAUGCAGGACGGGGCCGGGGCGGAGCUGCGCGGGCUGGAGGAGGCGUGGCGCCGCGGGGUCGGCAGGGUGCUGGAGACGGAGGCGGCGGCGGAGAGGGUGAGGAGGGAGGUGUUGGAGUUGAGGAGGCGGGCGGCCAGUUGAGGGGAUGGAAAGGAAAGGGGAAAGGAGAGGAGGAAAGGAAAGGGGAGGGGGGAGAAGCUCUCGCUCUGCGCUGUCAAUGCAUGAUGGGGAAAAUUGCUGAUAAAAUAAACCCGGCAGGUGGCUUAUCACGAUUGAGCAGGACAGAAGUUGGUAGCUUGCGGGUGGCUGUCUGCUUGCUACAUUUACCGGUUACAUUUUCCGGGAUAU